AUGGCGGGUCCGGCAGCUUUGCUGGCCUCCAUCAGCCACCAGCUGGGGGGUCUCCGGACCCUGCGGCUCCUCCAGGGUGCGGGGCCUUGGGGGGACGAGGCCGCAGCCCAAGGGCUGCCCCACUGCCCCGGCCAUGCUGCCCAAACCCAAACGCCCGGCGCCGGCGGGUCUUGGCACAGCCCAGGAGGGGUGUGCAGGCCGGGCCAGUCGUGGGGGCCUGAGGCAGAGAGAAAAGCCCCUGGGAAAAGCCCUCGGGGAGGAGCAGCAAGCAGAGAGCGAGCUCUGCCCGACCCCGGGGCGGCUGUGCCGGAGCCGGCAGCGCAGCCUGGCCCGGCGAAGCCAGGGACGCUGCGGGAGGCUGCUCUGCGCAGCAAGCUGGUCCGCGUCGUGGGAGCGGCCGCCCAGCUUGUAGAGGCAGAGCAAACCCUCCUGCUGCCUCUGCUACAGGAGCGCUCCUUCCCCGUCCACCUGAAAGACAGCAUUGAGUUUAGAAACAUCUGUAGUCGUAUGGCUUUACAAAAAGAGGGACAGCAAUUUGACAGAGACUUACAUGAAGCCCACCAGUGUUUGAAGACCAUCAUUGAGAAACUCAUUUAUUCACUGGCAGUUUUUCCCUCAGAGUCUUAUAUCCCAGUCCGAUCUGCUCUGAGACAAAUCCUACAAAAUCUCCUGGCAAUUUAAAACAGAAAGAUGUUUGGCCAAGGCACUAGGAAUCCAUAUGAGCUGUAAUGGUCCUGUAAAAAUAACAAAUAACUUGAAAGGUGAAUCCUGGAGAUCUUACUGUAGCAAGAGUCCUGCUGACUUUACAUCAGCGAAGACUUCCUAAUGGAGAUGACAUUCCUGCAAAGUACAGAACAGCCUUCUCAUAUCUUGCCCAUAUCAAAGUCAUAUUAAUGGGAGCUGGGAACAUCUCCAGAAGUUGCUCUGGAGGAACAGGAAUGAAUUCUUCAACAAUAAGGUCUCAAACCGAAAACAGAAAAGAGGAGACUGAGAAGACAACCAUCAGAAAUCUGUCUAUUUUCAUCACGGCUUGGGAAAAUGUGUUUUCAAGUAAUUCUUUAUGGAGUGGACACUUGAAAGAGACAGGAAAAAUAUAGUACUUAAGUAUGGGCCCUUUCAUGAGAAGACACACAAGGUAUACAGCCUGACUACAGCACAAAUAAAGAUAGCCUUCUAAACCUGCACCACAUUUCAGUAUAGUAAAGCAACAAAUCAAUGGAAAGGUGAAGGCGCAGGAUCUUCUGCUCAGAAAAGAAAAAAAGAAAUAUGUGGGACCAGUGGGAUCAAUUGCUUUAAAGCAAUAAAAGGUCUUGGUAGAUGAUCCAGUGGAGGGGAAUGGAAAGCAAAGCAAAAAGGGCAUUAACACAGUGAAGCAAAGGUAUUUAUAAACUGAGGUGAAACAUUUGUGAAGAUUGCUUUGCAGAGCUUUCUCAGCCCCUGUGACUGUUUAGCAGACAGCAUAAAAUCCUGCUCUCCUACUGCCAAAUCAGCAGAGUUUAUGAAGUCACUCACUUCUGUCAAACAGCUGCAGCUGUAAUGCUGAAAAGAGGCAUUUCCCCCCUCUUUUUGCAAUAAGAUUUAAUGUCUGUGUGAUUGCUGAGCA